AUGGCACAGGAAGACGCCUCGAAACAAGCCUCUCCCAUAUUAUACCCCACGGGCCACCUUAAUCACCUCUCUCAUCAGCAGGAGCAAGCUCUGGAAGCCUUUCGAGAACUCUGCGUAGCCAACGGCUGCUACGUGCCCGUCGGCAACGGCCAUCAAACCAGCCACGACGACGAGACAUUGCUGCGCUUCCUCCGCGCCCGCAAGUUUAUACCGCAAGAUGCUUUGAAGCAGUUCAAGACGACCGAAGACUGGCGCAAAGAACAGAAUCUCGAUGACUCCUACGACACUAUCGAUGUGGAUGAGUAUGAGGCUACCAGCCAAUUGUACCCUCACUGGACCGGCCGGCGAGACAAGCAAGGCAUUCCAAUCUGCGUCUUCGACGUCGGCAAUCUCAACUCCAAGAAACUCUCCGCCUUGGACUCGUCAAUCUCAAAGCCUCGCUCUCCUUCUCGCUCGGCUCUAUCUCCCACACAGCUUCACCUCUUCGCCACUUACGAACAUCUCAUCAACUUUAUCUUCCCGCUCUGCUCCUGCGAUCCUAAGCGGCAGUACCCAGAAACCCCAAUCAGCCAAACCUGCGACAUCGUCGACGUUUCUGGCUUUGCUCUCCGUCAAUUCUGGGGCUUGAAAGCCAUGAUGAAAGAAGCGGUCGCACUGUCAGAAGCGCAUUAUCCGGAGACUUCAGGACGGACUUUCAUCAUCGGUGCGCCAUCUUUCUUCCCAUCUGUUUGGCAUUGGGUGAAAUACUGGCUGGAUCCUGUCACUGUUGCUAAGAUGUACAUCCUUUCCGAUGCUGAGGUCAAACCCACGUUGGAGAGGUAUAUUGACGAAGAGAACAUUCCCAAGAAAUAUGGUGGAAAGCUGGAUUGGGAGGCUGGAAACCCGCCGAGUCUUGACCCAGACUUGGCCAAGUUGAUGAAUCUGGACGGAGGCGCCACGAUUCCAACAGGGCCGAUGCGAUGGAAGAAGAGCCAGGAUGGAGACCAUGUCGAGGCUCGUGCCCUCGGAACUGUUUCUGGAAAGCCACGAGAUGAGGUCGUGGCGCAAGUCUCGGUGGAGGUCUUCGAGAAGAGUCUCUUCGUGCUUUGA